AUGUCCUCGCCCUUCCCCCAGCUCCUGCGCAGAGCCAACAUUGCCACCUACGACCCCCUCAUCACCCGCAUCUACACCACCACCCCCUCCUCCCAAACCCGCCACGCCGACUGGGGCCUCAAGUUCCCCGUCCACCGCACAAAAGGCCCCCGCUACAUCAAGUUCUCCUCGCUCGAUGCUGGGCCGGGGUACGACCUCGACUGGCGCUCGGCCGAGCGGGAGGCGCGGUUCAUGGAAGCGUGGGGCAGCGGGAGGGUGAGGUGGGAUGCGAAGGAAAAGGCGCCGAGAGAGUUUAGGCGCUCGGCGGCGGGGGCGGGGUAUGGGUAUGGGGGGGCGGAAGAUUGGGAGACGGCGUCGGCGAUGGUGGAGAAGGUUGUGGAAAAGGAAGAGUGGGUGCGGGAUGUGGAGAGUCUGAGCGAGGAGGCGUUUGAAAAGUACCUCGACACGGUGAGGGGCGAGCGAAAGAGGUUUUUGGAGGAGAGGCUGGAGGGGAUGGCGGAGACGACCAAGGAGACGCUCGUCUUGCCUGAAGACAAGACGCUUGUGCACUUGUCCACCGGGGGCAAGGUUCGUCUGCACUCCAUCUCGAGCCUCGAGUCGUCCAUCCACAAUGCCAACCGCGCCUCGACGACCUCGCAAAAGAUCCUCUCUGUGCCCCACCCUCUCCGCGGUAUGACCUACGCCAACCUGCCUCCGAACCCGAACGAUUUCAACCCCACGACGUCUUUCCCUGGGCACGCUCUGAACCCCGUCAGCGCUAGCAACGCAAACAAGGGGAGCAGGGUCGACAUGGGCGGGUCGACAAACAGGCCUCUUGUCGUCAGCGCCGCAGGCGUGACGGGCCUCACCACUCGAUCGAGCUACCACCCCGAUUUCGCGACAAACCAAGAACAAACCCUCGUCGACUUUUCCCGCCAGACGCCCGAGCACGGGCGGGGCAGGUUCAAAGCUGUCGAUGCUAGGGCGACGGGGAGCCCCACGGUUCUGGCUUUGGCAGAGUCGGGCGCGGGGGCGAGGUGGACGAGGCGGAGGGGCGGAGCGGGUGGGGCGGCGCCGUCGCCGCUUGAUUCGGCGCAUUUCGAUAUCAACUUUGCCAUCCUCCGUCCUUCAUCGUCUUCUGCCAACAUCGGUACCCCCGACUGGCUCCUCGCCGAAGAACAAAAGCAGGCCGCAGCCAGCACGGGGCCCAUCCUCGGCGCGUCCAGGAGCGAGCGCAGACUGGGCCAGGCGGGAGACGUGUUGAGGACGCAGGAGCAGCAGCAGGAGGGGAGGGCGGCGAUGAGGAAGCAGAGGACGGAUGCGUUGAGUGCGAUUAGGGGGAUUUUGGCAAAGCAUAGGAAGGAGGAGUAG